ACUCCUCCAAGACCUUUCUUUCCCCCUGUAGCAGCUGCCAUUUGAUCCCAUGCUUUGGCUUUGAAUGGAGCGCCCUGAGAGAGCCAGAUGUUGUGAACAAAGGUCUAAAAAUAAUCUGUCCAGUGAUCAUUCAAGGGGAAUAUGUGCCUCGUGGGAACACGAGAUGGGAGAACCUGAUCUAUCUUUGAACAAGAAAGUUCAACAGCAACUCCUGGCUCCUGAUUCUGGGCUCCCAAACUUUUUUUGUUUGUUUGUUUUUUUGCCUCCCAGAAGCUGCCCAGUAAAGAGCCGAGUUGCUUCAGCAGUCAGCUUUCUCCCUCCCUCUGAUUCGUCUGGCUCCUUGAAAGCUGGGAUCCGUAUUUUUUUAUUUCUCAUCAGGAGCAUGGACUCCAGCAGCAAUCGCCUGGUGCCCAAGCUGCAUUUCUGCAAAAAGAUCUUUGCUGCAGCCUUAUGUGUCUCAAUCUUACUCCCAGAAUCGGGCUUUGCAAAGAAUCUCUGGAAACGUGCUCUCCAUCUGAAACUGGCAGAGAAGUAUGAUGAUUAUGAGUACCCUCUUCAUUCUCACAGCGCCCACUACCAGAAGAAUGACCGCUGCCCCCCACCCCCGCAGACUUUACCAGAGCGAGCAUGUGAGGUGCCCAGCUGCCGUUCAGAUUCCGAAUGUGAAAGACACAAGCGUUGUUGUUACAAUGGGUGCAUCUAUGCCUGCUUAGAAUCAGUACAGCCACCUCCAGUUUUAGACUGGUUGGUGCAGCCGAAACCACGUUGGCUUGGAGGAAACGGUUGGUUGUUAGACGGACCAGAGGAAGUUUUACAAGCGGAGGCCUGCAGCACCACUGAGGAUGGGGAUGAGCCUCUGCAUUGCCCUACAGGAUAUGAAUGCCACAUCAUCAAUCCUGGCAACACAGCCGAAGGAAUCCCCAACAGGGGUCAGUGCAUCAAGCUACGUGGAAAUCCCGAUGGACGCAAUCUAAGGCAUAAAUAUUACAAGGAAUAUUUUGGGAGUAAUUCCAAUAACGUACUUGGCUACGUGAAACAACAGCAGAAGCACUUAGGUUAACUUGGUGGGACCUAACUCUUAAGGAGCUUUUAAAGAAAGAAAUACCCGGUAGUUGUCUGGCUCAGACGAAUUGCAGCCCUCGGUCUCCAGAUACAGCUAUUCAGCAUCUUCCUGAUCUCUGCAAGUUGUUGAUUAAAGACCUGCCUGGUGCAAGAGCAGCUAUUCUAGAACUCAGCCCUGUGAAGAGGGGGAGAAAUCCAUUCCUUUGACGGCAGCUGUAGUGUUUGAGCAGCACCUUUACAACUGGAACAGAUGACCAGUCUCAUCCACAAUUUCAUUUCAGAUCUGUAUCAGCACAGUACACACUAUAAUGCACAUUAGGGGACUGAGUCUGAUUUCGCUUACGUAGGAGUAACUCAGGAGUGACACUGGUAUAAAAAUAGAGGGUCCUGUGGCACCUUUAAGACUCACAGAAGUAUUGGGAGCAUAAGCUUUCUGAAGAAGUGAGGGUCUUACCCACAAAAGCUUAUGCUCCCAAUACUUCUGUGAGUCUUAAAGGUGCCACAGGACCCUCUGUUGCUUUUUACAGAUUCAGACUAACACGGCUACCCCUCUGAUACUGGUAUAAAAAUGGUGCACGUGGGUUUAGAAUCAGGCCCUAGGUAUAAACAGCCUGCUUGAUUUUUCUAAUAUAUGUGUGCUGAAUACAAUCAGUGACUUUCAUACUGCACGUACAUCAGAUUAACAGAACUCAGAGGUCUCUUACCUAAAAGGAAAUGAAUUGACUGGUAGUUUAUGAAUAGUGUGAAUGACUUUAUUAUGUUCACUAAAGAAAAUGGGACAAAUUUGUCUUUGUUGUGUCACCAUUGAAAUCAGUGGAAGCUACACCAGGGAUGAAUUUGCCCCAGUGAACAACUAUCCUUUUAUGAUUUAGUCUACAAGGUGAUCUAUGUAUUUAACAACAUGAGCCUGGAAAUGGUCUACCAUGGUGCUCUGUCUGAUAUUCCCUUAAGUACUACAGUAUAUGCAAAUGUUUAUUCUUCCCCUAGAGUUUGGAAUCCCUAUAUGAGAAAGGGGAAGUUAAAAAUACUGAGCGUUUCUUUUUUGACCAGCUAAAAUUGUCAGGUUUUGAAAAAUUUCAUUCCAGUGUUAGACUCAGAGACUGAGGCCAGAAGGGACCAUCAUGAUCAUCUAGUCUGACCUCCUGCACAUCGCAGGGCCACAGAACCCCACCCACUCCUGAAAUAGACCCUUAACCUCUGGCUGAGUUACUGAAGUCCUCAAAUCAUCGUUUAAAGACUUCAAGUUACAGAGAAUCUACCAUUUACUCUAGUUUAAGCCAGCAAGUGACCCGUGCCCCACACGGUAGUGGAAGGAGAAAAAAAACAACCAGGGUCUCUGCCAAUGAAAUUCCUUCCUGACCCCCCUUCCCCCCAAAAACCCAGUGAAAAAUGUGUACAAAACAUUUUACUAUUUUUAAAUCAGCUCUAGAGCUCAGUGCCCUCAACUCCUAUUUGUUUCAGUCAAUGUUAUGUGUUUUAAGGACCUUGCAGGAUCAAACACCUAGACUCCGGUCUCAUGCUUAACCCCAGGAGGGCAUUUUGCUUUGCAAUGCUAGUUAAACUCAUGGCUGAGUACUUUGCUGGAUAGGAGCUGUAGAGCAGGAAUUUAAUCAUUGCAAAAUGAAUCUAAAAAAAAAAAGAUGGCAGACUGAUAAAAUAAAGUACUGCUGAACGUUUGCUGUUUACUACAUGCUGUAGAAAAUCCAGCUUACCUAAUGGUGCUAGGGUAUUAAUUUUUCUUUUCAAGUUCUUUUAAAUUGUCAAACUUAGAAAAAAAUCAGCCGGCGCGGAGAUCUGAAGGCAAGGUUUCCAAUAUUAACAUUCAUACUGCUUUUGACGACACCAUAUCUCGCAAGACAAAUUUUCCUGAGUUCUUACUGCUGCCCAGAAAACAAAUGGUUUUAAGGCAACACUGUAAAAGCUCAAUGGGAAAUGGGUAAGGUUAGCUUUUAAAUGUGUGUGUUUGGUAUCAUUUUAAGGCUUGUCUGGUGCUACAAUAAACAUUUCAUGUUACGUUACAUGCUCACAGUGCUCAUGAGCUACCAGAGUCUCAGCUGGUGUCAGUCGGUGCCUUCAAUGGAGUCGCUCUGACCUCCACUACGGGAGAAUCUGGCCCAAUGACUCAUUCAAUACUAUCACUCCUGUUUUGUGCUGCUUGUGAUUAGAAACGUAGGUUCUCCUACUUUGGUGCUCAAUAAAAACAAAUCCAGUAUAUUUUUCAACUCUG